UGCCUAAAUUAUACCGAACUCUUAACUGCCUCUCACCUGCCGCUUCAGCAGGGAGUAAGUAGGUUAUUUUUUUUUAAAAAGAGGACCAGAAAUGAGGGACUAUGUGGAGAGACUGUUAGAUCUUUCCUGGUGAGUUGGGAGAGUUCGGCCCGAGUUAAGCAAGGUCAUUAUUGGUGAACAUUUUACUCAUUAGGAAGAGGAAAAGUCUAUUCAUCUACGUACCUGAAGUGAGUUUCUGUUGUGUUUGAAGCUGUUUCCUUUCGCGACUGGAGGAUGAGUGUCGGCACAGAUAAAUCAUCGGAUGUUGGAACUGGUGUCUCGCAGCAACACGAGCGAACAGGUAUUGAACGAAACAGCCUGGAUUUCACUCGACAGAUCAAAACGGAGGACCGGAGUGAUUCUCCUGCUCCGGUAUCAGCAGAAACCGUUCCCCUUCGGCCCUGUGAGGCCUCUUCUAUUGUGUCGGGGAGCCAGAUGUCAGUGGACCUGCAGCCACUUCACACCCUGCAGCAGCUUGUGGUGGUACCCGGACAUCACUUGCAAACCGCAGCAACAUUCCUGCUCCCUCAGACGCAACAAAGCCAGCAAGGUUUGCUACAAUCUCCAAAUCUGCUCCCAUUAUCCCAGCAGUCACAAAGCAGCCUCCUGCCAUCUCAACCUGGCAUGGGGGUCACUCCACAGGCAGUCAUUCGCCCAAGUCUCAUGGGCUCAGCCCUGGAGUCUCAUUUGGAAACUCUUCCUCCACUCCAGAUCCCAAAACACAUUGCCCCAAAGCACAUCACACCUGUUCAGGCAGAUGAACCCAGCGACCUAGAAGAGCUCGAACAGUUUGCAAAAACGUUCAAGCAAAGGCGGAUCAAACUGGGGUUCACACAGGGUGAUGUGGGAUUAGCAAUGGGCAAACUGUAUGGAAACGAUUUUAGUCAAACGACAAUCUCCCGGUUCGAGGCUUUGAACCUGAGCUUCAAGAACAUGUGUAAACUCAAACCGCUGUUGGAGAAGUGGCUGAGUGAUGCAGAAAAUGUCCCCUCUGAUUCCACACUGAACAGCCUGACAUCUCUCCCUCCACAACUGACUGGGUUGGAAGGUCUCGGCCGCAAAAGGAAGAAGCGAACGAGCAUUGAGACCAAUAUUCGGGUAACCCUGGAGAAGCGUUUCCAUGAGAAUUCAAAACCCAGUUCUGAGGAAAUUGUGAUGAUUGCAGAGCAGUUGUCUAUGGAAAAAGAAGUAGUCCGUGUGUGGUUCUGUAACCGGCGUCAGAAAGAGAAGAGGAUUAACUAUCCAAUCACUCCAUCCAUCAAACCUCCAAUGUACAGCUCGCGGCUGGUUUCUGCAUCAGGAUCCCUCGACCCUAUGAUUGUGACACAGGUGCACAGCAGUCGGAGUGCAACAGCAGUGUCUUCCAGUUUGUCCAGCAGCUCCAACAGGCCAUCAUCACCGAUCGCCACAUCCACUGUAAGUGGCCACACCUCAAUGAGCAGUCAGACUGGGCUCAGCAGCACUCCAGGCUCACGGUUCUGGUGGAAUGGUCCCUCGUUCCUGCACUGAGGAUUUUGCAUUCUGGUGACUCCAUUCUAUGAUGAGCUUUAUCUUUUAGCCUUCCGCACUCCUCAAUGUCCAGUGUCCAAA